AUGGCGUCCCCUACGCUUUCAUCUGGCGCCACGCCGUCGAAAAAAAUCGCUCCCGAUACCUCAGUCGCUCCCUUCGCAACAGACCUAAACGGCGUGAACCAGCCCUUGGACCUUAUCUUCAAGAAAGCUCUGUGGUGGGGUUUUGGCGUGUUGGCCUUGCUCAUCUUGGCCAUACGGCUUGCGCAAAGGGCCCACGCACAUUGGCGACACCUUUCCACGAUGGGUUCGUCCAAGUCGGACCAGAGAUACUGGGCCAUUAACCGGUAUCAAGCUUGGUGGAGAUUCAAGAAACACAUGUUAUAUGCACCACUAGGGAAAGUCCGCCAUAACAGAGAGUUCAAACUCUCCACGGCUGCCAAUAUGGGAACGAUUCCCUCAAGAUUCCACACAAUCCUUCUUGCCAUGUUCAUAUUGACAAACUUUUCCUUCUGUGUUUCUUUGGACUACGGCCAUUCGAAUCGCUGGGCCAUCAUCGCAGAACUUCGGGGGAGAACUGGCGUCCUAGCAUUGAUUAACAUGGUUGCUAUGAUUAUCUUCGCUGGUCGCAACAACCCCCUGAUCACACUGCUGCAAAUCAGCUUCGACACAUACAACCUCAUGCAUCGCUGGAUCGGCAGGAUAGUUAUCUUGGAGGCCAUUAUUCAUACAAUCUGCUGGGCUGUUGUAAAGCAUGCUGCUACGGGUUGGUCAGGAGUAUGGGAGAUGAUCCGAACCGACUCGUUCAUCGGCUGGGGGACAGUAUCCACUACCUCGAUGGUAUUGAUUUUCAUCACUUCCUUAUCCGCAGUCCGGCACGCCUUCUACGAGACAUUCCUCGAUGUCCACAUCAUACUGGCAUUAUUUGCCAUCGUGGGUGUCUGGAUUCACUGCAAGAUAGACAAUCUUCCUCAAUUGCCAAUCAUUCAGACUGUUUUCAUUUUGUGGGUUCUAGAGCGUGUUGCACGGAUGCUCCGGCUGGCCUGGUUUAACUGGGCUCGCAAUAAAGGAUGGACAACAGCGACCGUCCAGCCCAUGCCUGGAGAGGCUUGCAGGGUUACGCUGCAUCUUCCGAAGCAUGCUAGUAUUAAGCCUGGAAGCCACGCCUACCUUCGGUUCCUCAGCGUCAAUGUAUGGGAAUCACACCCCUUUUCCGUCGCCUGGGUUGACCACAUACCCGUGGAACCAAACCUACCAACCACCGAGAAGCCAGCCACAUCUCGACUACAACAGCAGGAAACUAAAACCGAAGUCUCCUUCGUCAUCCAGGCGCAAACAGGGAUGACAAGAAAGCUGCAUGACAAAGCCGCGAAAUGUGGUAGCGAAGGCUUGACCAUCAGGGCUGCCUUUGAAGGCCCAUAUGCAGGACACCACUCCCUAGAUUCCUAUGGACAUGUGGUUCUCUAUGCUGGGGCCACUGGCAUCACCCACCAACUUUCCUACGUACAGCAUCUCAUCAAGGGCUUCAAUGAAGGCUCCAUCGCCACGAAGAAAAUCACUCUGAUCUGGAUCAUUCGCGAAGCCGAGCAUCUAGAAUGGGUCCGGCCAUGGAUGGAUGUCAUACUUAAGAUGCCCCGACGCAGGGAGAUCCUAACGAUCAAGCUCUUCGUCACACGACCGAAGCAGCCAAAGGAGAUCCAGUCGGCCAGCGCAACCGUCCAGAUGUUCCCAGGGAGGCCGAACGUGAAGGCCAUCAUACAAAGCGAGGUCGAGACCCAAGUCGGGGCAAUGUGUGUGACGGUAUGCGGACCAGGAGCAUUGGCGGACAGCGUUAGAUCGGCAGUGCGAGAAGUUCAAGAUCAAGGCGUGGUGGAUUUUAUCGAGGAGAGCUUCACGUGGUAA